GUGAAAAACUCGCUCAGUUUGUGGCAUGCAUUUCUAGUGUACGGUCACAACCGGAGCGGCUGAUCUGUUACAUUUCCAUAUUGUCUGCUAUUUCUUACACAUUUGCUAAAAUCGCGAUACCGGCAUUUUGGGCCACUCUCCUGCACUUUUUGUAGCAUAAAUCGCGAAACAGUGCGACUGCCCAGCAAAUUGGGUGUGCGUUUGAAGGGUUUUUGCUGAUUUUAAAGAUUUGAAAAGUAUUCCUCCCAAAAUCAUGGCCAUGAAGAACGGAGUCAACCUCCAGGAUGGGCUAUCCUGCGAGGGGUUGUUUCAGAACAGUGACGGGUUGACCUACAAUGACUUUAUCAUCCUUCCCGGCUUCAUCGACUUUUCCGCGGAUGCCGUGGAUCUGGCUUCGCCGCUGACGAAGAAGAUCAACCUGAAGGCCCCGCUGGUUUCGUCCCCGAUGGAUACCGUCACGGAGGCGGACAUGGCCAUUGCGAUGGCGCUGUGCGGCGGCAUCGGCAUCAUUCACCACAACUGCACGCCCGAGUUCCAGGCGAACGAGGUGCACAAGGUGAAGAAGUACAAGCACGGUUUCAUCCGCGACCCGAUCGUGAUGAGUCCGGAGAACACGGUCGCGGACGUGCUGGAGGCCAAGCGGAAGAACGGUUUCACCGGCUACCCAAUCACCGAGCACGGCCGGCUGGGCGAGCGGUUGAUUGGCAUUGUGACCUCGCGGGACAUUGACUUCCGCGAGGAGGACGUCGAUCUGAAGCUGCGGGACAUUAUGACAAAGAUUGAGGACAUGGUGACGGCCCCGAGCGGGGUUACACUGCAGGAGGCGAACCACAUCUUGGAGAAGAGCAAGAAGGGAAAACUGCCGAUUGUGAACAAGAAUGGAGAGCUGGUGGCGCUUAUUGCCCGGACGGAUUUGAAGAAAGCUAGAAGUUACCCGAACGCGUCCAAGGACAGCAACAAACAGCUGUUGGUCGGGGCUGCCAUUUCGACCCGGGAGGAAGAUAAGGAACGGCUCGAGCUGCUCGUUCAGAACGGCGUUGACGUGGUCGUGCUGGAUUCGUCGCAGGGCAAUUCCAUCUACCAGAUGAACAUGAUCAAGUACAUCAAGCAAACUUACCCCGAGCUGCAGGUCAUCGCCGGCAACGUGGUCACCCGCCAGCAGGCAAUGAACCUGAUCGAUGCCGGCUGUGACGCGUUGCGUGUGGGCAUGGGUUCCGGCUCGAUUUGCAUCACGCAGGAGGUGAUGGCGUGCGGAUGCCCGCAAGCCACGGCCGUCUACCAGGUCAGCAAGCUGGCCCGCGAGUUUGGAGUCCCGGUCAUUGCCGACGGUGGCAUCCAGUCCAUCGGGCACAUUAUGAAGGCCAUCUCGCUGGGUGCGUCCAGCGUGAUGAUGGGAUCGUUGCUGGCCGGAACUUCGGAAGCUCCCGGCGAUUACUACUUCAGCGAUGGCGUACGCCUCAAGAAGUAUCGCGGAAUGGGCAGCCUGGAAGCGAUGGAACGCAAGGACGCCAAGGGAGCGGCCGGAUCGCGGUACUACCACACCGACAUUGACAAGCUGCGCGUGGCCCAGGGCGUCAGCGGAAGCAUCGUCGACAAGGGUUCCGUGCUACGGUUCCUGCCAUAUCUGCAGUGUGGAUUGCAGCACAGCUGCCAGGACAUCGGAACCAAAUCCCUACAGAAUCUUAAAACAAUGAUCUACAACGGCGAGCUGCGCUUCAUGAGACGCACCCACUCGGCCCAGGCCGAAGGCAACGUACACAGCUUGUUCUCGUACGAGAAGAGAUUGUACUAAGCUUAAGGACAACCCUAACAAAAGUAAAAGAAGCCCGAAAGAGACACUCUUCUUCCCAUCGGAAACUCACCGACUUGUUUAGUAAGACCCCCCCUUUCCCGGUUUUAUUUAGGUUCUGCUAGUGAUGUAGGCGUACUUUAAGACGAAAAUUCAACUUACAAAAACAUAUGUGUCAAACCAAAUCCAGAUUGCAAAGCGCGCAGGAUCCAGAAUUCCAGAGGAAACUACACUACAAUUGUGGCGGCCCAAAUGUUUAAAACAUUUUAGUAGAGCUGUUUGUUUUUUUCAAGUGUGCACACUGUU